AUGGAGGUCACCCUAGAGACUGAGAGCCGUAAGAUCGACGGCGUACCUCACAGCGCACUCCGCUUCGAGUACGGCGACCCGAAUGCUUUCCUCGAGAUCAGCUUCCACCGUACAGUUCGUGUCCCAGACAAUGGAUCCUCCUAUGGACUUCCACCAGACCACAGUCCUUUUCCGCUGUACUCUGUUCGCAAGUUCGAGAAGACCCUUCCUGCGGAUGUCGUUGCCAAAGGCGGCUGCUUCCUUCCAAUCUACCAAAGAGAAGCUAUGUGGAUGUAUUUCGAAGCAUCGCAUCCCUUCGCAGUCAUGGUCUACGUAGGUGGUAUCAAUGCUGUUUCAGGAGAGCCAGUCAAAGAGAACAUAGGAACAAUCAUCCGCCAAAAGACGAAGUUGUCUCAAGGAAAGUCAAUCCAAGACUACGUCGUAGCAGGACCUCAAAGAUGGCUUGACGGAGUUGCAACACAUGAUGGCUCUGUCAGACAGUUUGUUGCCACUCCAAUGGGCUCCGGGUACUCAGUUGAAGCGCAGAUGACAGGAACAGAGUCUUUUGCUGGAUUGCAACUUGAGGUUGUCCCGUUAAAGAAUCACGGCCACAGUCGAAUCAAGAUCAAGGUGGUUGGCUCGACAGACUUGGCACCUGGCAGCUUUGUCUAUUACAUCCUCAAGCCAUCGACCCCGCUCAGCAAAGUCAUGAGAUCUUAUUGCCAGACUGAGCAGAAGGCUUAUGAACGUGUGAGAUUCUUGUAUGAUAGAUCUAGCAUUCGAGAAGAGGAUACUUGUGAAUCUUUGGAGAUGCCGAGUGGUGAUGUCAUCGAGGCUCUUCCCGUUCAAAUAGGAGGAGGCUAUUCCAAUAGCUGUGGAGCUGGAGCACGAGGAUACCCAAAAGAGCGCAACCCCGUAACGACAAUGAGUAUCGCAGCUGGAGGACUUAUCAAACAAUCAAUCGCUGAGGAUAUCUUUCCAGCCGAAGAUUGGGAUACCGAGAACAGCAUCAUUGCCAAUGUCCAGCUCAUCAAUUCAGCAGUCUUCGAAAGCUUCACCGGCCUGAAGCCACCGCCAACUCCAAUCACAGCUGCUACAUAUGCCAAGACUGGAUUUCCAUACUUCUCCAUUUAUGAAGAACCCACAGGCAUUCAUGGAAAAUUUGAAGGUCUAAAGAGCGUUGGAGAACUGGAUAAGGAGAACCGGUUUCAGAUCGCACUCCACAAGCAGGAAGAUAAGAUUUUAACUAGAAUAGUACCGGUCUCCAAAGACUACCAGACGUUCAUUCCUGUUUCCAGAAGAGUUGAGAAGUUGAAGAAAGUUCGGGUGGCAACCGAUCUUUGAUUCUCAAAUACAUUCUUCAAAGAGCUUCCACAAUCAUGGGUUCUGGCGGCUUGAAAGGGACCUUGGACAAAGGGCUAGUGUGGACUACAAAAGUUCUACAGGGCUGAUUUGCGAAAUGAUUCUAUACUUAGCUCUGUGGUUCUUGCUCUUUCCAUUCAUUCAACUAGGCGAUGUUGUUAGGAUUUCAAAUUGAAGAGGACUUCUCUCUGCUCUGGCUGAU